AUGCGUUCUUCAGGGUUCCUCUAUGGCCUUACAGCUCUAGCCAAGGCCGGAAGUGCUGCCUAUACUUUGAGUGAUUCUUAUCCAACUGGCUUGGACUUUUUCAACAAGUUCACCUUUUACACUGCCACCGAUCCUACUAAUGGAUAUGUGACAUUUGUCGAUAAGAGUACUGCUCAGAGCGGUGGCCUUAUCGCUGCCGAAAGCGAUGGCUCUACCUAUAUUGGGGUCGACAAAACCAAUGUCGCUUCCGGUAGUGGUCGUAAAAGUGUUCGCCUGACCAGCACCGCGAGCUACACCCAUGGCCUAUUCAUUCUGGACCUUGCCCAUAUGCCAGGCUCCGUAUGUGGUACCUGGCCUGCUUUCUGGACGGUCGGAUCCGAUUGGCCCAAUAACGGCGAAAUCGACAUCAUCGAAGGGGUCAACCUACAAACCAAUGAUGCCAUGACCCUUCACACUAGUGAUGGUUGCUCUAUUAAUAAUUCUGGUUUCUCAGGAAGCCUGUCGACUUCCAACUGCUAUGUGAAUGCAGCUGGUCAGAGCAGCAAUGCAGGCUGCGGCAUUAACUCGGCGUCCUCAUCCUCCUACGGAUCGGGAUUUAACAGUGCCGGUGGUGGUGUAUACGCAAUGGAGUGGACAGGCAGCUACAUUCGAACAUUCUUCUUCCCUCGAGGCAGUGUUCCCUCUGAUAUUACCAGCGGAAGUCCCAACCCUAGUGGCUGGGGCACACCUGCUGCACUCUUUGAGGGCAAUUGCAAUAUCGAUUCUCACUUCGGCGCCCAGCAGAUUGUAUUCGAUAUCACUUUCUGUGGUGACUGGGCUGGCAGUGUGUGGAGCUCCAGUGGCUGCACUGGCAAAGCAAGCACCUGCAACGACUUUGUGCAGAACAACCCUACUGCCUUUGACGAAACUUACUGGCGUAUCAACUCACUCAAAGUCUACAAGAGCAGCUAG